AUGUGAGGGUCGGCAUUGUGUUUGAGACAGUGACCGCUCGUGGUGAAUAGAUAAUUAGCCAAGCGUGUUGAUUACGUGAUUGGAUUCGAUUUUAUGGCCGUCUAGAGAGACAUCUACAUCAGAACUGUCUCUUUUCCCGCCAUGAGUGACUGGGGAAUCGCCCUGCUCGUCAUCGUGUUGGUCGCCGUGGUGGCGGUGGCGCUGGGUGUCCUCUUCCGGUUGUUUGGUAUCUACCACCUGGCCUGGUGUCUGGGGUCAGACGAGGAGAAGGCCGGCCUGACCCAGCAUGAAAAAGUACACGGUUUUAUGGUGGGAUCUGACAGCUCAGAGUUCACGUUAGACACAGGCAACAAAUAUGCCCAAUACGACACCCUCAUCUCGAACCCUAAUCGUAACAACAGCCCCACCCAGGGCACUGAGCAGCAGCAGCAACAAGGUCAAGAUGAAAGCAAUCGCAGCAGUCCUGUCUCUGUAGGAACAUCUUCCAUUGGAUAUGCAAUAGCUCUUGGAGAGAAGGGAGUUUUCUCUGAAGUCAUUUACAUUGAUCGAGCCUCUGACAUGGAUCUGGGUCAUGGAAUCAGGCGAGCCGAGUCAUGUGACAGCGUAGCCUCUGAUUCCAGUGUCUUGGACAUGCAGCCAGAUAUGCCGAAAAUUGGACAGUUGGAAUUUGCUCUUGAAUAUGACAAGGAAGUUUCUGAACUGAUUGUUAGUAUCUUCCAAUGUCGAGAUCUAACUCCAAACCCUUAUUCUGGUACAUUAGAUACUUUCAUCAAAGGAAUUCUGAUGCCAGGAGGUGAUGACAAAUUUCAAACUAAGACUGUGAAAAACACCACAGAUCCUGUAUUUAAAGAAAGGUUUCUGUUCACUGUGGAGCCUGACCAUCUAUUGGGCAAGUCUCUUCAGCUGCAAGUUUUCUCAGUGGACAAAUACGCUAGGCAGAAAGUCAUUGGAGAAGCUGAUGUUAGGAUUGGGGAUGUGGAUCUCAACUUCCCCAUCAAGAUGUGGUUUAACUUGAGAGAUAUUGAUGAGAAACCCACAGAAUAUGGUGACAUUUUAUUUUCACUGAGUUAUUUGCCCACUGCAGAAAGGCUGACAGUAGUCAUAGUGAAAGCCAGGAGCCUCAAGUGGAAAGAUGGAAAAGAUUCAGGGGAUCCAUUUGUCAAAGUGUACUUGAUGCAGAAUGGAAAGAAGAUUAGUAAAAAGAAAACCACGGUUAAAAGAGGAGAGAAAAAUCCAAUUUUUAAUGAAGCCAUGAUCUUCUCUGUUCCUUCAACUGCAUUGCCUACUGUACAGUUGCGGAUUACUGUGGCUGAGUAUCAGUCUGAGAAUAGAACCCCUUCCCUAGGUCAUGUGAUUGUAGGGGCCCACACUUCAGGGACUGAAUCAACCCACUGGAACCAAAUGAUGACCUCUCUUCGUAAACCAGUUGCCAUGUGGCAUUUCUUAAGAAAAUAGCAUCUUAAUUAUUUUUUUACAAAACUAAAUACUUAUUGCUAACUUUAAGUACAUCUGGUAGUAUUUAAUACAAUUUUGAAAUUUUUUUGUAAUAAACAUAGCUACAAGCACCAUUUUUAAAAAUUAACAAAUUGUAACUGAAUGUUUUUAAUUUACUUUAAAACAGAUUGUACUUGGUGACUCAACAAAAGUGCUUUAUGGUUUAACUUAAGCCUUUUUCUACUUAUUCGUGAAAUGUCUUUAGAUUUUGAGAGCUGUUAGUCGGGACUAGAUAGAAAAAAGUCAUAACCAAACAUUUCUACAUGUCUAAUGCCACAACCUUCUUUAUGUGAUAGGCUAGACUUGAUCUAGUAGCACAAAGCAUUAAUUCUCUUGUUUUGUUAAUAUUGUUUUUGAAUUUUUUUCCCCCCAAAUGUUAUUCUGCAAUAUAUUUCUUUUUCUACUGCAAUCUACUACCAUAAAUUUGAUGUUAGGUCCAGUUGCAACAGGCCGUAGGCUACAAUUAUUUUUUUGUCUUGAUUUAAAAGAAAUGUGAUCAACUACUUAACUGGUUUUAUUUGCUAAUUAAUAUUUUGAGACAGAAGAAUUCUAUUGUACAUCUGUUUUAUGGGAUACUGGAAAGUUUAAUCUUACCUCAUAUCAAUGUUAUUUACAGUA